AUGUAUACUGGUUGGGACAAGCCACCGACCGUUUUUCUAGCGAGUGACGAUCCUGUUCCCACGAGCGCGGCCGCGACGACCACCGCACGGCUGCCAAAUGCGCGCAACUUCUUCCUCGACGGACCCGGUUCUGUCCCGUCGCGCAAGAUGGCCGGUGUUCUGGACAUUGCGCAGCUGCGAACCAUCGGGCCUCUGAUCCCACAGGAACAUGGCCGCCUGUGGCAUGCGGCGUGGGCCGUGGCGUUCAUGCCGGUCGGGCUGGUGGUGCUGGCCAUGGUGGCCGCGUAG